AUGCAUCGCAAUACGCGCAUUUCGUGUUCAAUGCCGUAAAACACAAGCAUGGAGAUAAAUUAAGUUUCGAGGAGUUUCUCGACACACUGUCGCGGGUUGCACGUGGGUCUAUCCAAGAGAAACUCUCCUGGGUCUUCGCGCUGUACGAUGUCGACGGUGAUGGGCGGAUCUCCAAGUCAGAGAUGCUGGCUGUAGUGCAAGCAGUAUAUGAACUACUUGGGCGGGCGGCGGUGCCCCCGUACUUCCGGCAUCUGCUAAAGAUCACGUAG